ACGAAACUGAAGACACGGGAUUUCCCAAGAAAGCCUUAGAAAAGUCGCUUGAUAGGACAUACAUAUACCUCAUUUUGAAUUUGAUGGCAGUUUCUGUAGGCACGGUCGAUACACACUUGACAUUUUUUGCAUAAUAUAUCUAAGGAUAAUUACCAGACUGAGCUUUACUUUAACCCAGACAAUACUGAUUCGUAGAUUCAGAAAUGUCUCAAUCCAAACCGCUCCUCAUCCCUUGGUUGCGGGAACAGAUAAAUAGUGGCCAGUACCCAGGGGUUACCUGGACCAAUCAGGAGCGAACAGAGUUCUGCAUCCCAUGGAAACAUGCUUUGAGGCAGGAUUCCUGCAGCGAUGAUGUACUUAUUUUCAAGGGGUGGGCUGAGGUUAGCAAUGGCAGGGCUCAAGGCGACCCCUCCAUCUGGAAGAGAAACUUCCGUGCUGCCCUCCGAGCCAAGGGGUUCAAAAUGCUCUUUGACAACAAAAAUGAUGCAGCCAACCCCCACAAACUGUUCCAGUGGCCAGAUGAGGCACCCACGGGAGGAUCUCAGGACCCGGAACCUGAUCUGUAUCAAGAUCCCAGUCCAUUACAAGAAAGUCAUGGUCUACCAUCUUUUGAUGACCUUUACUGUACAGCAGAAGAAACUGUAUACACAGCGGAGGGGAUCUCCACCACUUUCAACCAGGAUAUACUUCAGGAAUGUCUGCAAGGGUUGAACAUGGAGGAUGCUGUGGGAGGAGCCAUGUUGCCCGAGCAACCAGUGUAUCCAAUGGAUGGAGUCGUUGGUGGUGCCCAUGAACAGCAGGUGGUGGAGCAGUUCACAAAUACAUUGUCCAGAACCAUGGUGGGCGAAAAUUUUAAGACUCAUUUCAGGGUGUCUGUGUACUACCGGGGAGUGAAGAUGCCUGAGCAGCUGGUUGAGAAUGAGGCAGGGUUCAGAUUAGUCUACAGACCUGAACUCACACAACCGCUUCUGGACCCAGACUCUGGCCUGAAUCUGGUCUCUCUGCCCAGUCCACCACCUGUCCGGGAUGAAACCCAGGCCAAACUGACCCAAGAUAUCCUGACUCUCCUGGGAGAGGGCCUGGAGGUGGGAGCCUCAGGGUCCAUCAUCUACGGACUCCGUAAGGGUGGAACUAAGGCCUUCUGGAGCUUUGACAAGUUUGACAAGAGCAGGAGGCCCCAGGCAGUGUCCAAAUUCCCGGCGCCACUAUAUCAGGCCAAGGACUUCUAUGGAGGGCUGUUGAAGUUCAUGAACAGUCAUGAAGGAGAAUGUCCCCCCUUCUCUCUAUUCUUCUGUCUGGGAGAGAAGUGGCCAGACCCGGACAACAGACCCUGGGAGAAGAAACUGGUCAUGGUCGAGGUGGUGUUAACCGCUCUGGAGCUACUGAAGUCAAUGGCGGUGGAAGGUGGUGCCUCCUCUCUGCAGUCUGUGGAACUGCAGCUGUCCUUGCAGGAGUCCCUGCAGGAGAUGAUGGACUUGUGCUAAAGAGGGACUGAUCCACCUAUAAGGGUUCGCUGUGGAAUAUGUACAAAUACUGAGUAUCCCUUCUAUCAUAAAUGUCCACUCGGCAUUAGUCACAAUGUUUACUAUUUUGUAUGACCAUAUCGGAUCAACUGUUCAGUACCAAAUCAACAGUAUGUGAGGGGGAAUGGGUUAAAUAAGCAUUUAAGCUUCAUUGUAAACAUGUCUAAUAGGGAUCCCCACUCUGGGGUUUGGGGUUUUUCUUCUCAUGUUGUUUAUUGAUACUGUUAUCAACAAGGCAUGCAGGGCUCUAAACUGCGACUAUUGUGGUCGCAUAUGCUCCUAAAAUAUUUUGCUGGCAACCUGGAAUUUUAUUCCAGGCCUAGAAAAAUAAUCACGCAGAUAAUAAUUGUUGUAAUGAUUAGACUUCGCUGUACCGUUGUUUCCUAGUGCCUUAGAGAAAAAAGCCUGCACAGAUUAGUUAGCGUUAUAGUUGCAACUUGCACCAUUACUAAGCUAAAUCGAAACUGAUCGUUUCUAGCCCAAACAGUUCAAAAGAUUAAUUAAUUUACCCAUGUAUACCAUAAGACAUGAACAGAAUGCGUCAGUGAUUCGUAUAUGUGCGGUUCGUGCAUAUGUCUACCACCUUGUGUAGCCAUUAGCGAUACUAAUGAUAACUGCCUUCUGGUAGAUGGAAAUGCUUUCCCAAAAACCUUCUCAAUUAAAAUGAACUACUACAAAGUAGCCUAUGCCUACCUGGCAGAAACAUAUCAUGAUGAUUUCCAUCAACCCAUUGAGAAAGGGAAAGUUGUACUGAAUGCAUUCAACUGAAAUGUGUGUUCCGCAUUUAACCCAACCCCUCUGAAUCAGAGAGGUGCGGGGGGCUGCCGUAAUCGACAUCAUCAGUGCCUGGGAAGCAGUUGUUGUUGGGGGUUAACUGCCUUGCUCAGGCAGAGCGACAGAUUUUUAUGUUGUCGGCUUGGGGAUUCGAUCAAGCAACCUUUCUGUUGCUGACUCUGCACACGUGGACUCCAGAAACACCGCUAACCAAACAACAGUCUAUGUAUUGCUAUAGGUGCAUGUUGCUACACUCAAAAAUGUACAUUUCUUAGAUUUUUCCCAGACCUCAAAUGUGCCCUCCUGAUGUGGUUUAAUCUCAAUCAAUUUUAAAAUCCACUUUUCUGGUGCUCCUACAUUUUAUGUUGUGCUCCUGACUUUUUAAAGUUGUGAGCACCAGUGCUGGAUUAUUCAUUGAGGAUAAAUAGAGGUAAUGCAUAGCCAUGGCAUCUAUUGCACUUAACAGUCUUAAUAAAUAAUAACCGUAAUAUGGUACAAUGGAUUUCACAACUUUAUUUAAAUGUUUACUGGCCAAUAGCAUAGCAUGUAUGUAUGAGAUUCAAUGCAUCACUCAUAAUAACAAUCUCAUCUCGUUUUCAAAACCACUCGGUAUCUCCAUAAGACUAGACUUAACUGUAUGCUGCUAUGAGACUAAUUCAGAAUACAAUAAAUAAAAAAUACAUUUAAAACGUGUUUUAAUCUA